AGAGAGAGAGAGAGAGAGCGAGCGAGCGAGCGCCAGCCCCUUUCAGUGGAAGUCUACGCACUGGGUUCGGUUGGAUUGCCGUCUGCAAUAUUAGCCCUGUUGUAGUGUAGUAUUGCGCAAAGUACCGAGAUCAGAUGAAGGACUCGAAAAGGCUGACUGAAUAAUUAUUAGGAAUCGGUACAAAAUCUGAGGUCGUCAGGCCACGGGGUUUGGACGGCGGUGAUCGCCGCCCCUCCCAUCACCUUCAUGAUCUCAGUUUCUCAUCUGGAAUCGACGCUGGUGAAGCUCACAAACUACGGAGGUUAUACGUGGAAAAAAAAAGCUAGAUGCACAGACUGAGUUUAAGCGCCAGGCUUCUCAGUACAGCAGCUACGAUAAAUUGUUGCAUUUUUCCUCCUGGCAAUUUCGCUCGGUGCUUUUCUGCUUCGGUCAGAGCCACAACAAAUACAAUAAUAAUACUAAUGAAUGUAUAAAGGAUAAAGUCGGGACGAAGAUACCUGUUUUUGUGCAAGAGCUCCCGUGUCUUCUGGGAUUGAGCGUUGGCUUGGGAAUCUAAUUAUCACCUCGGCGCUACACCUGAAAUAGACUGGUUUUUAAUACACACCUUCAUGCUCAGGCUGAAUACCGAGCGGGAAAGCGCGCCGUGCGCAGCCCAAUAUCCACUCCGUCUGCUUGACGCGGCUCACUAUUAUGCACUGUAGGACGCACAAUGAGACACUUUAGAUCAUUUGUUUUUGCACCGCAUUGAUAUCGUUUUUCGAUCAAGUGUGCGUAUUAGUAGAUGGGAGAAAUGAUGAACUCUGGGAACUCGCGUAUGUUUUUUGUCUCUUUGGCAAUUACUACUGAACAAUAAUCGUCCACUCAAUCAAUCAGUCAAUCAAUCGGUCAGCCAGUCAGUCUAUAAGUAAAAAUGUCUUUUCGUGUUUUCAGGCGAAGGAGGAUGUUUCAGCUGUGGACUUAAAGAGGUGGCUAAUUAAUUUAUGCAUAUUAAACGCUGGUUAUUUAUUCAAGAUCAGUUACAUUCGCAUAUUUUUUUUUUGCAAAUUAAUGCACAUGACCAUGGCGGUUAUUUGACUAUUCUGCUUAGUUUCUUUCCCUGCCGAAAAAAAAUUGCCAUACUUAACGAAAAAUAGGAAGACUUUGCAAGAAAUUUGCGGGAACAAAUAUUUUUACCUUCUGACUGGAGAGCGACGGAUCGACGUAUCAUUUCUUGGCGCCAGAACAUGGAUCGAAAAAACGGACCUCUUACAUGUUAAACGGUUCCUGAAGACAAGAGACUUUUGUGUGUGUGAAACCAUCAACCUCAUGGUUGCUGGUUAUGGUGUUCCCAGAUAUCACCAUCAGCACUGCCUCACGUACAUGUAGACAUUUUAUCAGCAUAAUAUCCCUUUAUUAUGGGCCAACUGAUCGCAGGAGAUGUUUUUCGAGGUCGAAAAAGAGAAAACAGCGGAUAACCGGAGGGAAGAAAGAGCCGGAGUGAAACGAGAGGGAAGAAAGAAUGAAUGAGACGCAGUGAGACACGGUGGAAGGAGAUUGGAGGAAUCAAGGGUCUGCCAGAGAGAGGGAUUAAGCGGGAAGGGGGAGGAGCUCCCAAAUCCCGGGCCCCGCCCAGCCGAGACAGCCGACCGCGCCCGCACCCCGACCCAGCGCCCUGCCCCCAGCAUGGCCCUGCCCAUUUGGAUCCUCUGCACGUGCGUUGUCACGCUUGGCAACAUCGCCCCCUCUGCUCAAGCCCUGAGCCGCUCCGCGAUGCCCUUUGGCCUCCUGCGGAGGGAGCUGUCCUGCGAGGGCUACCCCAUCGAGCUACGAUGCCCCGGCAGCGACGUCAUCAUGAUCGAGACAGCCAACUACGGCCGCACCGAUGACAAGAUCUGUGACGCCGACCCCUUCCAGAUGGAGAACGUGCAGUGCUACCUGCCCGACGCCUUCAAGAUCAUGUCACAGAGGUGUAACAACCGCACGCAGUGUGUGGUGGUGGCCGGCUCCGACGUCUUCCCCGACCCCUGCCCCGGGACCUACAAGUACCUGGAGAUCCAGUACGAGUGUGUUCCCUACAAAGUGGAUCAGAAAGUCUUCGUUUGUCCGGGGACUCUCCUGAGGGUCCAGCCGGCCAGCUCACUGCAGGAGGCAGAGCACCAGGCGGGGGCAUGGUGCAAAGACCCCCUGCAGUCGGGGGACAGGCUCUACGUCAUGCCCUGGACACCUUACCGCACAGACAUGCUGUACGAAUAUAUGUCCUGGGAAGACUUCCGACAGAACCGUGCCACGACCACUUACAAGCUGCCAAAUCGCGUGGAUGGGACGGGCUUCGUGGUGUACGACGGAGCCGUGUUCUACAACAAGGAGCGCACGCGCAACAUCGUCAAGUACGACCUGCGCACGCGCAUCAAGAGCGGCGAGGCCAUCAUCGCCAAUGCCAACUACCAUGACACGUCACCGUACCGCUGGGGCGGCAAGUCUGACAUCGACCUGGCCGUGGACGAGAACGGCCUGUGGGUCAUCUAUGCCACAGAGGCCAACAACGGGCGCUUGGUGGUCAGCCAGGUAAACCCAUACACCCUGCGCUUUGAGGGCACCUGGGAGACAAGCUUUGACAAGCGGCUGGCGUCCAAUGCCUUCAUGGCGUGCGGGGUGCUGUACGCUGUGCGUUCCGUCUACCAGGACGACGACAGCGAGGCGGGUGGAGACCUGGUGCUGUAUGCCUACAACACCAACCGCGGGCGCGAGGAGCCUGUGCACAUCCCCUUCCCCAACCCCUACCAGUACGUCUCCUCCAUCGACUACAACCCUCGCGACAACCAGCUCUACGUGUGGAACAACUACAACGUGCUGAGAUACCCACUGGAGUUCGGCCCUCCCGACCCCACCAAUGACCCCCUCACCACGACCCAGACGAUCAGUACCACCGUGUCGCCCUUCAAGCCCACCAUCGCCCACAGCUCCGGGCCCUCCACGCCCCGCCCCCUGCCCCCCACCUCGCACCCCAUUGGGGCCAUCAACAAGGCCCCCGACCUGCGGCCCAUCACUGCCACCGUGCCCGUCACCGGCCGGCCACCUCGCCUGCCGCGGCCCCCCCAGGGCCCUGAGCCACAUACCUGUGAGGCCCGCGUGGCCCGCGGGGUCCAGUGGCCCCCCACGCAGAAGGGGGAGAUGGUGGAACGGCCCUGUCCGAAGGGGUCUCUGGGCAUCGCCUCCUUCCAGUGCUUGGUCUCCCCGGCAAUGUGGAGCCCCCGAGGCCCGGAUCUCAGCAACUGCACCUCGCCCUGGGUCAGCCAGGUGGCCCAGAAGAUCAAGAGCGGGGAAAACGCGGCGAACAUCGCGGGCGAGCUGGUGAACCACACACGAGGGCGCAUCCACGCCGGCGACGUCAGCUCGUCCGUGCGCCUCAUGGAGCAGCUGCUGGACAUCCUGGACGCCCAGCUUCAGGCGCUGCGGCCCGGCAACAAGGAGUCGGCCGCACGCAACUACAACAAGCUGCAGAAGAGAGAGAGAACUUGCCGGGCCUACAUCCAGGCUGUAGUUCAGACAGUGGACAACCUGCUCCGGUCCGAGGCGUUGGAGUCAUGGCAGGACAUGAACAGCACGGAGCAGGCGCACUCGGCCACCAUGCUGCUGGACGUUAUGGAGAAGGGCGCCUUCCUGCUGGCCAACAACCUGUAUGACGGGCGUUUCUCGGACCGCGGCGCCAACAUCGAGUUGGAAGUGUACGUGCUGAACACGGAGAUGGAUUUCCAGGACCUGUCCUUCCCCAAGUCCCAUGCCAGCGACAGCAGCAUACAGCUCUCCGCCUCCACGAUCAAGCAGUACAGCCGCAACGCAGGGCAGGUGAAGGUGGUCUUCAUGCUUUACAAGAACCUGGGGUCCUUCCUCUCCACGGAAAAUGCCACCGUCAAAAUGGAGGUGGAGCCGGGGUCUGGUGGACGGAGCCUGGUCGUCAAUUCGCACGUCAUCGCCGCAUCCAUCAACAAGGAGUCGAGCCGGGUGUUCCUGACCGAGCCUGUGGUGUACACCAUGAGGCACCUGCAGCUGGAGAACCACUUCAGCCCGAAUUGCUCUUUCUGGAACUACUCGGAGCGCACCAUGACGGGCCAGUGGUCCUCGCAGGGCUGCAAGCUUCUGGACACCAACGGCACGCACACCACCUGCUCCUGCAGCCACCUCACCAACUUCGCCGUGCUCAUGGCGCACCGCGAGCCAGCCUACCCUGGCCACAUGCACGAGAUCAUCCUCUUUGUGAUCACCUGGGUGGGAAUCGUCAUCUCCCUGGUGUGCCUGGCCAUCUGCAUCUCCACCUUCUGUUGCCUGCGAGGCAUGCAGACUGACCGCAACACCAUCCACAAGAACCUCUGCAUCAACCUCUUCAUCGCUGAGCUCCUGUUCCUAAUCGGCAUCGACAAGACGCAGUACCACAUCGCUUGCCCCAUCUUCGCCGGACUCCUGCACUUCUUCUUCCUGGCUGCCUUCUCCUGGAUGUGCCUGGAAGGCGUCCAGCUGUACCUGAUGCUGGUGGAGGUCUUCGAGGGCGAGUGCUCCCGCAAGAAGUACUACUACCUGUGUGGCUACUGCUUCCCCGCGCUGGUGGUGGGCAUCUCAGCGGCCAUCGACUACCGCAGCUACGGCACCAAAAAGGCGUGCUGGCUGCGUGUGGAUAACUACUUUAUCUGGAGCUUCAUUGGGCCGGUCUCUUUCGUUAUUGUGCUGAACCUCAUGUUCCUGCUGAUCACCCUGCACAAGAUGAUCCGCAGCUCCUCGGCUCUCAAACCCGACUCCAGUCGCCUUGACAACAUCAAGUCCUGGGCUCUGGGUGCCAUUGCCUUGCUCUUCCUCCUGGGCCUGACCUGGGCGUUUGGUCUCCUCUUCAUCAAUGAGAACACGGUCAUCAUGGCCUACCUCUUCACCACCUUCAACGCCUUCCAGGGCAUGUUCAUCUUCAUCUUCCACUGCGCCCUGCAGAAGAAGGUCCAUAAGGAGUACAGUAAGUGUCUCCGCCACUCUUACUGCUGCAGCCGCUCUUCCACCACCAGCUCCCACAGCUCCCUGAAGACCUCAGCGCUGCGAGCCAACAACCGCUACUACACGGGCAACCAGGCGCGGCACGCCUCCGCCAGCAGGCAGAGUCGCAUACGCAGGAUGUGGAACGACACGGUCCGCAAGCAGACGGAGUCCUCUUUCAUGGCGGGGGACAUAAACAGCACCCCCACGCUGAACCGCGCGACCAUGGGCAACCACCUCCUGACCAAUCCGGUGCUGCAGACUCGCUCUGGCACCUCCCCCUACAACACUCUACUGGCCGAGAGCUUCAACCCGCCCUCGCCCGGCGUCUUCAACUCCACUGGUCAGCCCGCCUGCUCGUCUCUCCGCCUGCCCAAUCGUUUGGCUGCGUGUCUCCUGCAGUGGACCUUCCGAGACCCAAAGGGCACUCUCUCCAAGAGCCGGGACUCCUGUGGCAUGGAGACCCUACCGCUCAACGGGAACUUUAACAACAGCUACUCCCUACGCAGUAUCGGCUCCGGGGACUUUCUAGGGGGCGGGGUCGGGGGCUCGGACAGCUCUCCCCCGCUCCUGCACGCCAGGGGCUCGGAGACCCUCGGUGGAUGCAGCAUCCGACGGAACCUGUCCGACGCCGCCGCCUUCGAGAAGAUGAUCAUUUCGGAGCUGGUGCACAACAACCUGCGAGGUGGCGGGGGCGGGGCCGGGGGCGGGGCUCAGGGGGAGCGGGCAGGCACUCUGGCGAGGGCCCGCGGAGGAGGGGCUUCACGGGGAGGUGCGGACGCGGGAUCGGGGGAGGAGGAGCCCCUCCCUCCACGGGAUGUGGAGCGGCUCUACAAAGCGCUGGAGGAGCCGCUGCUCCUGCAGCGUGCCCAGUCCGUGCUCUACCAAAGCGACCCCGACGAGUCCGAGAGCUACGCCGCCGACCUCACUGAGAGCCUGGAGGCCGACGGGGGCGGAGCUAGCAGCCGCUCGCCCGCCCUCCGGGACUCGCCCUACCCCGACAGCAGCCCCGAGCCCCUGGAAGUUGCGCCGCGUUCCGCACAGCCACCCGAGGAGCUCUACUACAGUUCGGGCCGGCCCGCACUGGGCCCCCGCGGCACUGCCAUGCAGACCUUCUACCAGAGCACCCCCAGGAGGCCCAGCGGGGAGGGCUACCUGGCGCCUGCGCCAGCCGCGGAGCCCCCGCACAGUGAGGGCGACGGGCAGAUGCAGCUGGUCACCAGCCUGUGACUCAGACGGUGGUGAGCGGAGUGGGGGGCCGGGACAUCCUGAUGGCCGGUGUCACGGCCACUCCCCCUAUCUCGCUCAUCCUCACUGCUUCCCGUUCAUCGCCUCUCAUCUCCGUUAUCGUUUCUUAAUUUUAUCUGAAAGACAUGCGAACAGACCCACGGCUACGCAGAAUGAUCCGCCUCGAUUUUCAUCCCUAUUUCCUCCCUUCCUUCUGUCCUUACUUCCCUCCCUUUCCACAGUGCCCCUUCGUUGGACUGUUCUGCUCCCUUCUUCCUCACACCACAAGCGCCCCCUCCCCAAAGUCUACAUGCAUCCCUGUAGACGUCUGGACCCUCACCCAUCAUCAAAUGCGGCUCCCUCCACCCUCCCCCCCCCCACUUUGUUCUGGGUCAUCCUUGACCCUCCUCGCAAGCCUCCUCCUCAGUCCCACUGCAGUCUCCUCUGCUGUUUCGUUCCCCUUGCUCCACGAGGCCUGCGAUGUGCCAACGUCACGCUUUGGGUGUUCCCAGAAUGCUCUUCGGUGUUGCCAAAAAAAAAAAUAAUUCAAUGCAAAAUCUCCCCAGAAACCGAGAGCAGAGCAGCGGAGGAAGAGUGAGGAAGUACGGCGAAAGUUGCCUGAGAAUGGGUCGGACGGUGGCACAGGGGAGAGGAUGGCACGAUUACCCACGAUUAUCCCUCUCCGUGCUCAUGCCCUGUGCCAGACCGAAUCCCCUCUAAUGGGGAAAAGCGCCGUGAUUGGGCAGUCAGUGGGGCGGGGGCAAAGUUCAGGGUUCAUGGGGUGAAGAAACUCCAGCCAGGAGGGAUGGAGAACUUUAAAGAAAGCUGCCUUUCUCCUUUUUAUUAUCCACUGUGGAUACCUAUAGAACAUAAAGGAAACCCUUCCCAUAAUUCCUCUGCGGGGCAGAUGAGGGGCUCCGCCCCCUCAGCCACGGCCAGGUCCUCCUCCAGGACACUUUCAGCUGAAGCUGGACACGAUCCCUGAGUGCUGUUAAGGUGGGGGGGGGGGGUUUCUGAUUGUUACAACUGAUUAGUCCACCUAUAACUCUAAUCCAUCGUUGUAAAUAAGAACCAAAUUAACAAAAGCAACAACGGAAGUAACUAAGAUAUGAAGAUAUACGACUAAUUUCUUGUAUUGCAACUUAACGACAAAAGAGAAAAUAAAAAAAAAAACAUUGUAGGAGUUUGUGACCCUGAAUGACCCACUUUCUUUCUCUUUUCAUUCUACUCCUCUCUCUGCUCGCUUUCACUCACUCACUCCCCAGUUCUCUAAGCCUACUAGGUAAGGCUACGUUUAAGAGGCACAGUGUUGGGGCCUGGGUGAAUGAGGAGAGUGACAGAUUUUAAAUACAGAUUUUAAACGUUUAAAAUGAACAACAGAAACUUCCUGGCACAAUUUUUAAUGUGACGUUCCAUGUUUUCUGCUGCAGCCACUGCGGGUGUUACAGGGGCUUUGCUGUGAAAGGGGGUAUUCCUGUUGCUGCAGAAAAGAACUCGUGUUGGGAGACAGCAGCCAUUUUGAAAAAAUGGCUAUAUCUUUCUGGCGACAUAAGUAUCAUAGACAUAAUCCGAAUAGAUUUGUUACACUUGUUGAGUGAGCUUCCUUAAUGGAAUUGAGCCUUAUAGAAUACAUAGAAUAUAUUGAAUAGGAAUUAUUCUGUCAAAUCAUCUUCGUUAAAUUCCACUGUAUUUAUAUAUCUGCCAUAGGACUUGUUGUAAUUCUAGAACGUCGGUUACUCGUCGCGUGCAUCCUUUCAGGGAGCCAUUUUGGAUGUCAGGUCAAAGCAUAUCAGGAAAAUAAUUCGGAUGAUCUCGUACCUAUAUUUCUAAGCAAGGUGGUGUUGUGUAAACGGCGUUGGCUAGCGGCCAUGUUGUUUUCCAUUUCUCAAGUUCCAAUGUGAGCCGGACGCGGUUUAUUUUUCAUGUCUGGCAAUUUCCACUCAGCUGCUGGGAAAGGUGGGGGGCACGGGUGGGGGGCACGGGUGGGGUGCUGAGAUUUGGCCUUCCAAUGUGUUUUUUUUUUUUUUUGUUAUACCGACAAAAGGAAAAUGUAAAGCCCAGUCUGUGCUGAACAUGAAACGGGCGUGCCUCCGGGUGUUCCGACAUCUUUUUGCAUGUUUAUUCCUGCUGUGUGCUGAGUACCUUUCUGGCCUGUAAUCUGGACCAACCUGGGAUAUACAAGGGAUUUUUUUUUUUUUUUGGGAUUUGUUCCUGCCUCAGAAAAUGCACUUUUCCUGGGCGAGCUGUAAAUUUGGAACGCUUUCACACCUCAGACCGAAUGGAAGGGUACUUGGGGCGAUGUGGGUGGGGGCGGGGGGCAGUCUCGCUCCUCACUUUGGGCUCCAUGACUCUGUCACGGCAUGUGUCACGCGUGUCUGAAGUGACUGAAAGUCACAGCCCGAGACAAAGUUGAAUCCUGAGUUUCUGGCACCUUCCGCUCAUCCAAAAAACCAAAGUUUUGUUCCAGCUCAGAUCCGGAAUGCAGUUCUGGUGUGGUGUGGUUCCGUGUUCAGGUGCCCAUAAGGCAGCGGCUUCCCCAGCUGUUUAGCUGCCAUACAUCCAGAGAACGGAAUGUAAUCACAGGCGAUCGCUGUCGGACGCCGAGAGCUGAUGGGCUUUUAUCGUGGCACAUUUUGUUCUGGGCUUGCUGGUGCGUCCCCCACGCUCUGAAGUGCUCUGAAGUAGCGUGGCGCACGGUAACCGUGGUUACGCAGCCGCAUUCAGCCUGUCCACCCAGCAGUCUCUGCCGCUGCGCUUUUCACUGGCCAGACCGGUGGCCGCGGAGGCCGCACCCCGUCAGACCGCGUUGUUCUCAAACGACGUAUCUUUGUUCCCUUUUUCGGUUUGAUGGCUUCUGCUUCAGUAUCCAGGGUGGUUAUUCUGGGACUUUUAUUUAACUCUCACAAUUUUGCACACAUCUGUUCAUAACGAGUUAAAUUUGGGUCUUUUUGUUGCAGUUUCUGGCAUGCGGAUUCCAGCUUGCUGGUCUGAUUCAAUUCCGCUCUCCUCUUUUCCCGCGUUUCCCCGUUCCGCACCUUACCAUCUCUCCCAGGCCACCCCAGACCCCAUCUUUUUCACAAUUCUUUCUUUUUUGGAGUAGCACCUUAGCACCAGCAGUCUGUAUGGUUGAAGGAAGCUCUGAAUCUAUUCACCGACUGGACCCCUCUCCCCAUCAACGCCUUGGCAAAGGCACUUUUCUGGGUUAGGCCCCCACUGUGAGCUGGCACAGUGCUCCACUGUAUGGAGGGAGUUUGGCAGACAGCUGCCGGUUCCUGGGAACAGAACAAUCUGACACGGUAGUCAUAUUCAGAGGGUAAAAAAAAGGGAUGCUGCUGCCCUCUUGUGGACAAACAGAGAAUCGCGUUACCACAUUCAUGGAACUGGAGGGUGGCUAGCUGUGAUAGGACUCACCAACCACGUUGACCUAAUAGCACUCCCAUCACCGUAUGAUCACUUAAGGCCAGUAAUUCUCGUUUCUUCUCUAGAAAGGCUUUAAAAAUGAGACGACACCAUCAAAAUAAGUGUAUUGAAAUAUAUGUGAGGAUUUUAAUUUCAAAGAUAUUUCCUCCACUUUUCAGUAGGAUUAUUUGCGACAGAUGGAUAGUGCCAGUAUACGGCUAACAGUGUCCCAGCAGCUGGAGGCGGUUUGAAAUGCUGCACAGUCGUGUAUCUUUGUGAAUCCACGGUGAGGUCUGUGUUCAUGUUCAGCAGCUGUUCGUGGUACGCUGAGUGCGGACUGGGGCAGCUUCAAGGCACAUGGAAGUGAAGCUAAAUGCACAGUAAGGGUCGGCACAGGGCUGGAGGGGCUCUGCUACAGUAGACGUGGAGGCUGCAGCUUUUGCCGCCAUUUAUGUAUGAAUUCCUUCCUCCGGCCCCCACGCACCCUGAAACCAAGCAGGGGAGUGUCUCUGAGUAUUCCGAGAAGCUGAGAUCUCCAAGGGUCCAAGAGAAAUGAAGCAGGAUUAUUAAUGGUCUGAAUGAGCUGGGGUGUGGGUGUAUCUGUCGGUAUGCCAGGGGAGAGCGGGCGUGUCUCUGGUGAUCUCAGUGGAGGGAGGACGUUUCUCUUGUGGUCCCAAGGAAGGGGGUGUGUCUCUCUUGCGGUUCCGGGGAAGAUGGAGAGUGGCUUUUAGUUCUCUGGGAAAUGGCCAAGGGAAUCCCAAGACAAUGGAGGUGUGUCCUCCCAGUUCCUCUCCAGCAGAAAAGACUGUGUGGACGGUAGAAGGAGCAUAUCACACCUGGCCUGGUCUUCAGGGGCUGUAGGUGUCCUGGGACGGCAAGAACAGGCUGUAUGACGGCAGUCUGCCAAAAUUUGCACACUGGUGACUGAUGAGGGACCAGGGUCAAAGAAUGAACUCUGUGCCAAUGAGGUCACAUGCAGAGAACCGCUCCUAAACUUCUUAUUUCGGAGUACUGUUUGUUCUCCCUUUUUAUUUACUAAUUUAUUUUAUGUUAAAAAGUAAUUAUGAUUUCAUUAUUUUGUUACGAUGCUUUUUUGAUGCUUUCUCAUAUCAAGUGCUUUGAAGGGAAAAGAUUUCUGUGAGUGCGCAGAUCACCACAGACUUUUAAAGACGAACUCUGUAUGAACACAUAUUAAUAAAAAGAU